AUGAGAAAUUCCACCAUCUUUCUCAUGGCGCUCGCCCUUGCCCUCAUCCCCCUUGAGCAAACGGUGGUGGCGACGCCGCCGCCUGAUCUUCCCCUCAGGAGAAGUCGCUUCCUUGCCAACGUCAACUUCCCGCCGCCGCCGUCGCUCUACGACUGCAAGAAGUCGCCAUCCAUCUGCCUCUCGUCCGGAAGCCCCGGCGCGACGUGCUGCCAGGGCACAUGCGUCGACACCGAGUAUAGCUUCAAGCACUGCGGCAACUGCAACAAGACGUGCAAGUACACGCAGACCUGCUGCCAGGGCAAGUGUGUCAACACCUUCACCGACGAGAAGAACUGCGGCGGCUGCGGCGUCAAGUGCAGAACCAAUUGCACCAACGGCUACUGCGACUACGCGGCGUGA